AUGGCCCUCGCCGCGGACCACCUGGUGUGCCCCGCCUGCCUCGACGUGUGCGACGGCCACAUCCACCAGUGCCCGCAAGGCCACCUCAUCUGCUCGGAAUGCGACCGCAGCCUGGCCAGCCGCACCUGCCCGACCUGCCGAGGCGCACUCCCUUCGGCGGAGGCGCCGGAGCGGAAUCGUUUCGCCGAACGGAUGAUCGCCGCGCUACCCUACGCAGCGUGGGCUGGCUGCGGGUGGACUGGGUUGAGGGCAGGGCAGCCGGAGCACGAGGCAGCGUGCGUGUAUGUGAGCGAGGUGGCCCCGCUCAAGGCGCGGCUCGCAGACCUCGAGCCGCGCGCACAGCAUCUGCAGGCGCGCGGUGAUGCCGCGAACGAGGAGCUGCAGGCGCGCGUUGAGGCGCUGGCGUCGAUCCCGGGCCGCAAGCAGCCCCAGCCGCCUCGGCCGCUGCAGAGCCGGCCAAGAGACGCCGCGACCGCCUCCGCUGCAGGCGUGGAGGCGGGCCGGCGACACAUCUGA